AUGCGGUUUGUCUGGCUCGAGUCACCCGGCCACGGCCCUCCAGACUCCAACAACCGCCGAGUCAUUAACUCUCACGCCGCACAGAUCGGCAGAGACAGGCGGCGAGAAAAGGGAAAUGCUGUGGUGCGUGGCAGACAGGCUGCCAAAGCAAGGACAACAGACGAGAACAAUGAAUCGUCUGAGGACAAUCGCGAGACAGGAGCCGUGCGCAAAGAUGUCGUCCGUAUCGAAACGGGUCCGCGGCAACUGGAAAUUCGACUGGCGAGGCCUCCGAAUGUGCCGACGCCGCGGAGCAUGAUUGAGAGACACGCUCUGACUGCGUGUCAUCAGUGUAUGUUCGAUUUCCGUGGUAUGCCGGACGCUGACGUUUUAGGGGUGACCAUGAUGCUCCCAAGUGACGGUAUUGUGCUCGGUCUAUCCAAGCAGCAGACUUUGCUGUACGGCCGAAUAUUGCUACCAAGAGCGUACCAAGACGAACUCUUUCUCAUAAGCCUGGCACUCUACCGUCUCAGUGCUCUGCCGUCGGCAAAAGACCCCGGAAGCGGUCCUUGGCUGUUGAUUGACAAGAUGCGAGUACGUUUCUUGAGACUCGUCGCCCAGCGGGUGGCAGAAGGGAAUGUCGAUGAUGUCCUGAUUCACAGCAUCUGUUGUGCUAUUCCGGUGGACAGCCAUCUUGGUCUUCUCGAGUAUGCUAUGGCGCACUUGCGCGGCUUGGAAACGCUUAUCAAGCUGCGUGGCGGACUCAGCGAAGUCGGAUCCACAUAUGACUCACUCGGGUGGGUAUUGCGCGAGGUUGUACUUCAUGUCAUGGCCACCACGAAGCUCAGCGUAUGUAGCGGUUCGCAGAUCCAGCAUUGGGCCUCGAACCCAGAUAAUUGGACGGACAGAACCAGCUUAUCAGCCCAAGGCUGCACGACGGCGAUGCCAGACGGCGUUCAAGCGCUAGUCGAUUGCGGGUCUGUAUCGUCAGACAUGAUUGUCGUUUUGUCUGAUUUUCAGACAUGGCUGAGUGGUUUCUGGACAGAUGCUGCAACAAUGAGUCCGGCGUGGAGACGACGGAUACCCGACACCUUGACCGAUCUUGAGAGGACUUUAUUCCUGGCUCUGAUAUGCCUUGCGGACGAUCUCACACGUCUCGGGGACCAUCCAGGCGCAGAUGUGUGGAGGAAGUCACACCAGCGUGCUCUUGAAAUCCUAGAAGCCGAACACUUAUGGAAGGACUCGAGAAACGCAGAUUGCCUGCUCUGGAUUGCAACGGUGGUGUCGCUACCAGACAAACAAAUAUCCCGGGAUGUUUGGGAUCGAUUGCAGGAUCGAAUAUUGCGGUCGAGGAGUGACAUCGCGACCGUUGGGGACAUCACUCGUGUCCUGCGACGUUUCUUCGCACCCGUACCAAGAUUGACCGUGUGGCUAAAUCAUUGGCACGCGAAGCUGAGUUGA